GUGGCCUCGCCCCUGGCAUGCAGUGGAUCGCGGUGGCCAACGACGGCCACCCGGGGGCACCCUCCAUCGGGACCGACUGGAGCGUGGACGCCACUGCCGUCGUCAUGGGCAAGUUCGCGCUGGUCAAGCUCGGGUCUGCCACCCUCGUGCUGGAGAGCAUCGCGGUCGGCAGCAAGAAGAAUGUGCUGGUCUCGAGGAAGGGCGAAGUCGAGCAGGCGGUGGUCCGAGCUUCGGGAGCAGGCCUGCCAGGAGCUGGUCUCGGACCUCAGGCGAUGGGAGACGGGACGGCGGCUGCAGCGCCGCUCAAGUCUUCUGACGCACGGGUGCUGCCGGUGCUGUACGAUCAGAUGGGCCAGAGGUUCAGGGCCUACUCGAACGCCGUCGGGCUGCUGGAGGAGCCGCGGUUCGACGACUUCCCUGUGGUCGGCCCGAGGACGACGCUCUGGCUGUGCAGGUUCAUCAGAGACCAGGGGAGCGCGCCUCGCACCAGGACCGAGAAGUGGAUGCGGGACGCCCAUGUGCCGGACAACGACAGGGUCAGGCACGAGCAUGGCAGUCUCAUGGAGAUUCUUGAGACUGCGCUCACGUAUGAUCAGCUGGACGUGUCUGCCCUCGCCUCCUUCGAGAUCCCGUCGAGAAGGGUUCAGCUGUUGGAGGAGGCUUACACGUCCAAUCCGAAGGCGCCGCGGUUCGAUGGGAGCGAGCACUUCCAAGGCCUCGGCAGGAAGGUCGCGGCCGUGGCGCCGCAGCUCACCUCGCACGUGGCGUUGCAGCUCCAGGGCGAGGCUGCGAUCCAGAAGGAACGACGCAAGGGCUGCGACGAGUUUUUGACCAAGGCAUGGCAGACGGUCGGCAGCGUGACCUUCUACCCCUGCCUCGACAUCAUGACUGGGAAGGCCCUCGUAGCUCACUCAGUCGUGGAGUUCAGCAACGUAUUUGUCGCCGUGCUUGGAUCGACAGGUGGUGAGCAGGCGCGCGCUGCUGCUGCCUUGGCCCGUGAAGCGGCUGAAGCUGUGCCCUUGCCUAAGGAGAGACCCGCCCCGCAAGAAGCCCUGGCGGCGCUUCUGCGCACAGACGCCCGCUAUGGUGACAGCGAGUGCGCCGGGAGCAUUGCACCGUUUGGUUCGGCUUCAGUAUCUCUGCCGAGCCGCGACCUGCACGGGGUGGACAUCUACAACGUUCUGCCCUCGGACGCGUCGCACAAGCUCAAGCGGUUUCGCGACGCCAUCCUUCUCAGUGACGAGGAGUAUGCAUUGCGUAUCAAGAGCGAGGGACUGCCCAACCUUUACUUUGACCCAGUGCUGGAGGCACAGCCUGCGAAGUGGGAGGGUUUUUGUCGGGAUCUGCGUGACAGAGGACUGGUACGCUGGACUCGAACCUACAAAGAAAAGGUGGGUUUGUUCUUUGUUCGCAAAAAGAGUGGUGAAUUCCGACUUAUGUGCGAUGCACGAAGGACCAACAUACGAUUUGACAUCCCAGACUCAAUGCAGCUUGCUACUGGCGACUCGCUCAGCCGUCUUGAGUGCGCCUCUGACCAGACCAUCUUUUCGGCCAGCUUCGACAUCAAGGAUUACUUCCACGAGCUCAGGAUCGAUGAGGAAUUAUCUCAGUAUUUUGCUCUACCAGCGGUCCGUGCCUCGGCGGUGGGGGCGGGGGGCAUCAAUGGUGUCAAGGUUGGUCCAAGUGAGCUCAUCUACCCGCUGGCAUACGUCGACAACUUCGGGGUCUUCGGCUGUGACAAGGCCGAAGUUGAGGCCACGCACCGUCAGGCUCUCGAAGGCAAUCGGCAGGCAGGCUUUCACGUGCAUGAGAUCGAGCAGGUCAGCACCUCUUUGGACAUCGUGGGAGCGCACCUCGAUGGAGAUAAGAAGGUGGUCAGGCUGUCCUCCGCCAGGGCGUGGCGACUGUACGCUGGGCUACAUGCUCUUGUACGACGCGGGCGCUGCACUGGGAGGGAGAUGCGAGCCAUGCUUGGGCACCUCUGCUUUGCUUUCUUGCUUCGGCGCCCUUGCCUAUCCUGCAUCGCGGCCUCCUUCGCCUUUGCCGAGGCGGCCGGAGGGGAGCCAAAGAACCUCUGGCCGAGCGUCAAGAGGGAGCUCCUCAUCGCCGCUGCCAUCCUGCCGCUGGUCUACGCCGACCUCGGGGCUGGCUGGCUCGACCAGGUGGUUGCGACGGAUGCUUGCGAUACUGGUCUGGGCGUCUGUGCGGCUGAGUGGGACUCCCAAGAUAUACGGAUCACUGGCAGCUACGACGAGCGCUGGAGGUUCAAGAAGGACCCGCUGCGCAAGCACCGUGAGGUCGCCUUGGCGGGAUACGACCACGCCGACCCGCCGAUCGACAGAGACGGCAACCUCGUGGCGGGCGUCAGCGAGGGCGCCUGGCUUGCCAUCGGGAACUUUCCCGACGUUGCGCCUACCUCGGUCAGAGGCUCGAAGUGGGCCGUGGUCGCUAAGCGCCCCUGCGGCAGCCGCGAGGGGGCGAUCCACGUCAAGGAGGCGAGAGGCGCCAAGCUCGGCCUCAAGCACGUGGUUCGCUGCGGGCGCUGGCGGCGCAGCAAGGUGCUCAUGCUGGUGGACAAUAUGUCACUCGCGCUGGCCAUGCAGAAGGGCCGCUGCCGCGAUCCAGCCCUCCUCGGCCAGCUUCGUCAGAUGGCCGCGCUGCAGCUCGCCACUGGGCUGCGGGUGCAGUGCCGCUGGAUCCCGUCCGAGGCCGCAGGAUCAGGACCAUCCGAGCAGGCGAUCCUGGCCCGGCCUCCGGCGAUGCGGGCCGAGCCUCGAGGCGGCUCGCGGAGAUCGCGAGUCACAACCUCGACAAGGCUGGCUGCCGCCCGGCGGUCGGCCAGCAGCGGGGGCCUCUCCUACCUCGAGAGCGUCGCUGUGAAGCCCGUCCAGAUCGAGGAUUACCACAGACGGAUCGAGGAGUUCUACGAGUACGCCCGCCGCCAGGGCUUGAACGUCAGCACCUUGGACUCGCUGGAGACGGCCCUCCUGGACUGGGCGGGCGAGGCGUAUCUCGAGGGCAGGAAGAAGCACGAUGGCGAGAAGCUGAAGGCCGCUGUGCUCCACAACUACCCGAACCUGAAGCGGCCCAACACCAAGCCGCUGGCCAGGUUCGAGAGAUGCUUGAAGGCCUGGGGGCGCCGGAGGCCCGCGCUGGGCCGUCUGCCACCCCCGUGCCCGACGAUCUGUGGCCUGGCUGUGGCUCUCCACCUCCUGGGCCGCACGGACAUGGCUGUAGCCGUGCUGGUCGCGCUGAGCGCCUACUUGCGGCCAGGGGAAUUGUGUGGGCUCCGCGUUCGGGACGUCGUCCCACCCGCGCUUGGCUACGGGCCAGAGUACCAGAAGGGGUCGCUGAUCCUGGGGCCUUCGGACAGCAUCGGAGGCCCCACCAAGACGGGCGUCUACGACGACAAUGUGACGAUGGACCACGAGAACCUGCAGUUCCUCGACCACUUCUUCGAGCUGCACCGCCAGGGAAAGGGGUCGAGCGACCCGCUGUGGGGCUUCACGCAGGCGGAGUUCGGGGCCAUGAUCGCGAAGGCGCUGAAGGUGUGCCAGCUCGAGGGCCUGGGGGUCGCCCCCUGCAGCCUUCGGCGCGCGGGCCCGUCGUGGGACGUCAUCACGGGCAGGAGGUCGCAGCUGGAGGUCCAGCGUCGCGGGCGCUGGGCCAGCACGAGCUCUCUCAUCAGGUACGAGAAGUCCAGCAAGGUCAACUCCCUGCUUGUGAACCUGGACGACAGCGUCCAGGAGUACCUCAGGCUCUGCACGGCGCACCUUGGAGACAUCCUCCUCGGCACGGUGAGCGCGCCCCGACCGCCUGGCUGGAGCGAG